UUGACAUCCAAAUUUUUGGCACUUAUUCAAUUUUGUCAUUUUUUAUCCGUUAUUUUCACAGAAGCAUCUGCAUUUGAGAUGCAUCGAUAUUCCGACAAUCGUAAUUCGGUGCAUGGAACUGCAAAACGCUUCGUCAGAAGGUAUGUGAAUCCCGCCAUUUAUAUUGAAGAAGAAAUAAUUGAGAAGCCACCACGAAGAAUCAUAAGCCGUAUUAGUGAAUGUUCCGAUGAGGAACUAGAGAAUAAUGGAUCUAGAAGAAGCUCUUGUACUACAAUUAUUGUUUCAAAGUCCAACGAGUCACCUGCAAGCAGUGCAUAUUUUUCAAAUGAACAGUCUUCGAGUAGUUCAGAUAACCCAAAGAGUGCUAGUUCCACUUGUAAAUUGGAUGUUCAACCUAACAAAGUAGUGAUGAAUGAACUAAAACUUGAACUAGGAUCCCUGGUGACUGAUGCAACCAAUGCUCUGGAUACCGUAGGAAUUAUUAGUUGGACUCCAGGGAACAAUAAUUCGGUUCAAAAUUGGAUAGAAAAAAAGGAAAACAACAGAAAACAGAAACCUAACAAGAUUGCUCAAAUAAUGUCGAAACAAAGAGAGGAAAAAAGGAAAAAAUGUGCGGACCAGGAAAGAGAAAAUUUUAAAAACUGGUUAGCCAGAAAGAACAAGGUACAAGAGAUAAAAAGAAUGGAAAAAAUAUCAGAAAUUGAGGAAGAAAAACUUGAAGCUGUCAGAAAAGAGAAAAAAAAGAUAGAAAAUGUUAAUAACUUUAAUGAGUGGCUGAAGAAAAAGAAGUUAGAAGAAAUUGAGAAGAAACUUACACAAAAUUUCACAGUGCUGACAUCAUAUCAAGCAAAGCUCAAAAGAAUAGAAGAAAGUGAACAGGCAUACAAAGAAUGGCUGGAGCACGUUAAACUUAGACCGAAACCCGUACCUAUGAACCAAGGACUCAAAAGCUUAUCUUUGCUUAAAUCUGUGACCUAUAUUAAUCCAAUCCCAUGGAAACCAAAUAUGGAAUUCGACAAUAAACGAAUACCUUGCUAA